UAGUAUAUUUAACAUAUUUAAAUAUAUACUUAUUUAUUUAUACAGAGAAAUUCCAAUGUUUCUCUGUGCUUCAAUGGCUCAUCUUGUGGACCUAACUCUGUCAACAGUUGUCGGUUUGUUGUUUAAAAUAGAGCCCCAUAACCCUUUUUAUUCCAAAUAACAUCUUACAGAGAGGCCACUUAUAUAAAAAUAAGCAGAGCUGCUCUUCUUGAAAGGAAGCUGAGGAGCUGAACUCUCACCUGAUCUCAUCUAGCUUGUCCCUCUCCCCCUGCCACCUCCUGCCUGUCCAUCCAAAGCCUGCAGAGCAGAGUUUGGUUCAAGACAGGAGAGAAAACUUUGCUCUCCGUAUUGGGUAUCAUUGUGCUUCUCCUUUGCUAGCACUUUGUUUUUAUCUUAUGGACACUGAGAUUCUUGUCAGAGAUCACAUUUUCCUUUUACCUUUCUGUAAGGAAAAUUUAAAGCCAAUUAUCUGUUUCAUUUUUUGCCUUCCAGCAGAUCCUCAAAUACAGCAUUGUUUCAUUCUAAUGUUAAUGAGAAAAAAAAAUUGAUUCUGGGCUGAGGCCACUAUCUCUGUGGAGUUUGCACGUUCUCCCUGUGUCUGUGUGGGUUUUCUCUGGGUACUCUGCUUUCCUCCCACGUCCCAAAGCUGUGCCUUUUAGGGGAGUUGGCGUGUCUACACGGUGCUAGUGUGAAUGAGUGUGGGGGAGUGUGUCAGCGCGCCCCGUGAUGCGAUAACUUCCCGUCCAGGGCUGCCUCCCACCUUGCGCCCUGAGCUGCCGGGACAGGCUCCUGCCACCUGAGACCCAGAGCUAGGAGAAUGAUUGCCAGUUUUCGAGGAACCGUCCCAUAUGGCCUGUCAUUGGAAAUUGGAGAUACAGUUCAGAUCCUGGAGAAAUGUGAUGGCUGGUACAGAGGAUUUGCCUUAAAAAACCCAAAUAUCAAGGGUAUAUUUCCUUCCAGCUACGUUCACUUGAAAAAUGCCUGUGUAAAGAACAAAGGACAAUUUGAAAUGGUUAUUCCCACUGAAGACUCCGUUAUCACAGAAAUGACAUCAACAUUAAGAGACUGGGGGACCAUGUGGAAACAACUCUAUGUGAGGAAUGAAGGUGAUCUCUUCCACCGGCUGUGGCACAUCAUGAACGAGAUCCUGGACCUGCGGCGGCAGGUGCUGGUGGGCCACCUCACCCAUGACCGGAUGAAGGACGUGAAGCGCCACAUCACUGCCAGGCUCGACUGGGGCAAUGAACAACUGGGGCUGGACCUGGUCCCCAGGAAAGAGUAUGCAAUGGUGGAUCCGGAGGACAUCAGCAUCACUGAGCUCUACCGACUGAUGGAACAUCGCCAUCGGAAGAAAGACACCCCAGUCCAGGCCAGCUGUCACCACCUCUUUGUCCAGAUGAAGAGCCUCAUGUGUUCCAACCUGGGUGAGGAGCUGGAGGUCAUCUUCUCGCUCUUUGACAGUAAAGAGAAUCGACCCAUCAGCGAGAGAUUUUUCUUGAGACUGAAUAGAAACGGGCUUCCUAAAGCCCCAGAUAAACCAGAACGUCAUUGUUCUCUCUUUGUGGAUUUGGGUAGCAGCGAGCUAAGAAAGGACAUCUACAUCACUGUGCACAUUAUCCGGAUCGGUCGAAUGGGAGCAGGAGAGAAAAAGAACGCCUGCAGUGUUCAGUACCGGCGACCCUUUGGCUGUGCGGUCCUUAGCAUCGCUGACCUGCUAGCAGGAGAGACAAAGGACGACCUCAUCUUGAAAGUGUACAUGUGUAACACAGAGAGUGAGUGGUACCAAAUCCACGAAAACAUCAUCAAAAAGCUGAAUGCACGUUAUAAUUUGACGGGCUCCAAUGCAGGCUUAGCAGUUUCCCUGCAGCUGUUACACGGAGACAUUGAACAAAUCAGAAGAGAAUACUCAUCAGUAUUUUCUCAUGGAGUAUCCAUAACAAGGAAAUUGGGAUUUUCUAAUAUUAUUAUGCCUGGUGAAAUGAGGAAUGAUUUAUAUAUCACUAUAGAAAGGGGAGAAUUUGAGAAAGGAGGAAAGAGCGUGGCCAGAAAUGUGGAAGUUACAAUGUUUAUUGUAGACAGUAGUGGCCUGCCCUUAAAGGAUUUUAUCUCCUUCGGCUCUGGAGAGCCACCUGCUAGUGAGUACCACUCCUUUGUGCUUUACCACAACAACAGUCCCCGGUGGUCUGAACUGCUGAAACUUCCUAUUCCCGUGGAUAAAUUCCGGGGCGCACACAUCCGCUUCGAGUUUCGGCAUUGUUCCACAAAGGAGAAAGGAGAGAAGAAGUUGUUUGGUUUCUCUUUUGUGCCCCUGAUGCAGGAAGAUGGCAGGACUCUUCCGGAUGGCACUCACGAGCUCAUUGUGCACAAGUGUGAAGAAAACACAAACCUUCAGGAUACUACCCGCUACCUCAAACUUCCCUUUUCCAAGGGCAUUUUCCUUGGGAAUAAUAAUCAAGCCAUGAAGGCCACAAAGGAGUCUUUUUGGAUAACAUCUUUUCUCUGUUCCACAAAACUCACACAAAACGGUGAUAUGCUUGAUCUUUUGAAAUGGAGAACCCACCCAGACAAGAUCACUGGCUGUCUCUCUAAAUUAAAAGAAAUCGAUGGCUCAGAGAUAGUAAAGUUUCUGCAGGAUACUCUGGAUACCUUAUUUGGAAUUUUAGAUGAAAAUUCACAAAAAUAUGGGUCUAAAGUGUUUGAUUCUUUGGUUCACAUAAUAAAUUUGCUGCAAGAUAGCAAAUUUCAUCAUUUUAAACCCGUAAUGGACACUUACAUUGAGAGUCACUUUGCUGGGGCACUUGCAUACAGAGAUCUCAUCAAAGUGCUCAAGUGGUAUGUGGACAGGAUCACAGAAGCAGAGCGGCAAGAGCAUAUCCAGGAGGUGCUGAAGGCACAGGAAUACAUUUUUAAGUAUAUAGUUCAAUCUCGAAGGCUGUUUUCCCUUGCCACGGGUGGGCAGAACGAAGACGAAUUCCGCUGCUGCAUCCAGGAGCUCCUUAUGUCGGUCCGUUUCUUCCUUUCCCAAGAGAGCAAAGGGUCUAGAGCGCUGUCUCAGUCACAGGCUGUGUUUCUGAGUUCUUUCCCAGCCGUGUACUCAGAACUGUUGAAGCUCUUUGAUGUCCGGGAAGUGGCAAACUUGGUGCAGGACACUCUGGGCAGUCUGCCGACCAUCAUGCACGUGGAUGACUCCCUGCAGGCCAUCAAACUGCAGUGCAUCGGCAAAACCGUGGAAAGCCAGCUUUAUACCAACCCAGAUUCCCGGUACAUUCUCCUGCCUGUCGUGUUACAUCACCUCCACAUCCACUUGCAAGAACAGAAGGACCUGAUCAUGUGUGCACGUAUCCUUAGCAACGUAUUUUGUCUCAUCAAGAAAAACAGCUCAGAAAAAUCUGUGUUGGAGGAAAUAGACGUGAUAGUGGCCAGCCUGCUGGACAUCCUGCUGAGAACCAUAUUGGAGAUCACCAGCCGCCCGCAGCCGUCCAGCUCAGCAAUGCGGCUCCAGUUCCAGGAUGUCACUGGGGAGUUUGUUGCUUGUCUCCUGUCCCUAUUACGACAAAUGACAGAUAGACAUUAUCAGCAGCUUCUUGAUAGUUUCAAUACAAAGGAAGAUCUAAGGGAUUUCCUGCUGCAGAUAUUUACUGUGUUCCGAAUAUUGAUACGCCCAGAGAUGUUUCCAAAGGACUGGACUGUUAUGCGCUUGGUUGCUAACAAUGUUAUUAUUACAACAGUUCUGUACCUCUCAGAUGCACUUCGUAAGAACUUCUUAAAUGAAAACUUUGAUUAUAAGAUCUGGGAUUCCUACUUUUACCUCGCAGUCAUUUUUAUAAACCAAUUGUGUCUGCAGUUGGAGAUGUUCACACCUUCCAAAAAGAAAAAGGUGUUAGAAAAGUAUGGUGACAUGCGGGUAACAAUGGGUUGUGAAAUUUUCAGCAUGUGGCAAAACCUAGGAGAGCACAAGCUUCAUUUCAUCCCUGCUCUGAUUGGCCCCUUCCUAGAAGUGACCUUGAUACCCCAGCCAGAUCUUCGGAAUGUCAUGAUUCCUAUUUUUCAUGAUAUGAUGGACUGGGAGCAGAGACGAAGUGGCAACUUUAAACAGGUGGAAGCCAAGCUGAUUGACAAACUGGACAGCCUGAUGUCAGAAGGCAAAGGUGACGAAACAUACCGUGAGCUCUUCAACAGUAUAAUUCCACUAUUUGGUCCCUAUCCUAGUCUACUAAAGAAAAUUGAGCGGGAAACAUGGAGGGAGAGUGGCGUUUCAUUAAUUGCUACUGUAACUCGUCUUAUGGAGAGGUUGUUAGAUUACAGGGACUGCAUGAAAAUGGGAGAGGUAGAUGGCAAAAAGAUUGGCUGCACCGUUAGCCUUCUGAAUUUCUAUAAGACUGAACUGAACAAGGAAGAGAUGUAUAUACGCUACAUCCACAAACUCUACGAUCUACAUCUCAAAGCACAGAACUUUACAGAGGCUGCGUACACCCUGCUGCUGUAUGACGAGCUGCUGGAAUGGUCUGACCGGCCCCUCAGGGAGUUCCUGACCUACCCCAUGCAAACGGAGUGGCAGCGCAAGGAGCACCUGCACCUCACCAUCAUCCAGAACUUUGACAGAGGCAAAUGCUGGGAAAAUGGCAUUAUCUUGUGCCGGAAGAUUGCAGAGCAGUAUGAGAGUUAUUAUGACUACAGAAACCUGAGCAAGAUGAGGAUGAUGGAAGCCUCUUUGUAUGACAAAAUUAUGGACCAGCAGCGUCUUGAACCAGAGUUCUUCAGAGUUGGGUUUUAUGGGAAAAAAUUUCCAUUUUUCUUAAGAAAUAAGGAGUUUGUGUGCCGAGGGCAUGACUAUGAGAGGCUGGAAGCCUUCCAGCAGAGGAUGCUGAACGAGUUCCCCCACGCCAUAGCCAUGCAGCACGCCAACCAGCCCGACGAGACCAUCUUCCAGGCAGAAGCUCAGUAUUUGCAGAUAUAUGCUGUGACUCCCAUUCCGGAGAGCCAGGAGGUCCUGCAGAGAGAGGGUGUUCCAGACAACAUCAAAAGUUUCUAUAAAGUGAAUCAUAUCUGGAAAUUCCGCUACGACAGACCAUUUCACAAAGGCACUAAAGAUAAAGAGAAUGAAUUCAAGAGUCUCUGGGUGGAGAGAACGUCAUUGUACCUGGUGCAGAGCUUGCCUGGCAUUUCCCGCUGGUUUGAAGUGGAGAAGCGUGAAGUGGUAGAAAUGAGUCCUCUGGAAAAUGCAAUUGAAGUGUUGGAAAAUAAGAAUCAGCAGCUGAAGACCCUGAUCAGUCAGUGUCAGACGAGACAGAUGCAGAAUAUUAAUCCCCUGACCAUGUGCCUGAAUGGAGUCAUAGAUGCCGCAGUUAAUGGUGGAGUUUCCAGGUACCAAGAGGCAUUCUUUGUCAAAGAAUAUAUCUUAAGUCACCCUGAAGAUGGGGAGAAAAUUGCACGAUUAAGAGAGCUGAUGCUUGAGCAGGCACAGAUUCUGGAAUUUGGCUUGGCUGUGCACGAGAAGUUCGUCCCUCAGGAUAUGAGACCCCUCCACAAAAAGCUGGUCGACCAGUUCUUUGUAAUGAAGUCGAGCUUAGGGAUUCAGGAGUUCUCUGCGUGUAUACAAGCCAGCCCCGUCCAUUUUCCUAAUGGCAGCCCUCGUGUAUGUAGAAACUCAGCACCUGCUUCUAUGAGCCCAGAUGGUACCAGGGUAAUUCCUAGACGCAGCCCAUUAAGUUACCCAGCUGUCAACCGCUACUCUUCCUCCUCACUGUCCUCACAAGCUUCUGCUGAAGUAAGCAAUAUUACAGGGCAAUCAGAAAGCUCUGAUGAAGUCUUUAACAUGCAGCCAAGCCCAUCUACCUCAAGCUUGAGUUCUACUCACUCCGCUUCGCCUAAUGUGACAAGUUCUGCUCCAUCGAGUGCCAGAGCUUCCCCCUUGUUGUCCGACAAACACAAACAUUCCAGAGAAAACUCCUGCCUGUCCCCAAGAGAGAGACCAUGCAGUGCCAUCUACCCAACACCGGUGGAGCCUUCCCAGAGGAUGCUGUUUAAUCAUAUUGGAGAUGGGGCCUUGCCACGCAGUGACCCAAAUCUUUCUGCACCUGAGAAAGCUGUGAAUCCCACUCCUAGCAGCUGGAGCCUGGACAGUGGGAAGGAAGCCAAGAACAUGUCGGAUAGUGGGAAACUUAUCUCUCCCCCUGUCCCUCCAAGACCCACACAGACUGCUUCACCAGCAAGACACACGACAGCAGUAUCCCCUUCGCCUGCUGGGCGAUCUCCAAUGAAGCAGGGCUCCGUGCAGUCCUUCACCCCGUCUCCGGUGGAGUACCACUCGCCAGGACUGACCUCCAACUCCCCCGUGUUGUCGGGCAGCUACAGCAGUGGCAUUUCUUCUCUCAGCCGGUGUAGCACGUCGGAAACCUCAGGCUUCGAAAAUCAGGUGAACGAACAGUCGGCGGCUGCGCCGGGGCCGGGGCCCGAGGAGCCGGUGCGCAAGGAGAGCAAAACGCCACCGCCCUACAGCGUGUACGAGCGGACUCUGCGGCGCCCCGUCCCGCUACCUCACAGCCUCUCCAUCCCCGUGGCCGCAGAGCCCCCCGCCCUGCCCCCCAAGCCCCUGGCGGCGCGGCCCGGCCACCUGGAGAACGGGACCCGGAGGACUGAGCCCGGCCCGCGGCCCAGGCCCCUGCCCAGGAAGGUCUCCCAGUUAUAAGUCACUUUUCUAUGUACCCGAGACGAAUUCUUUGCCCGUUUACAAAAUAGGAUGGGACGACAUGUAGUGUAGGCACUUUAAUAACUUAGACCUUUCUUUCAAUGGAUGGAAUUAAAACUCGCUUCUUAUUAAUGUAAUGUUGCACAAUGUUAAAAAGUUAUGCUGAUCUAGAAGUCGCCAGCUGUUACACGAAGUAUGGCUGAAUUUCAUUAAAACGUUUCUCACUUGAAAGUGGUAAAUAGGGAUAAAGACUCCUUUUGUACCUUUUUAUGUUCACUUUUUUUACAUAGUUUAAUCUUAAAAACCAAUACGAUAUUGUCAAGCAAUGCAAUGAGUGAUAAUGUUGUAUACUUUUUACUGAAUACUUGAUACUCCGAGAAAGCUUAUUAAGUCAAUGCACACCCUAACACAAUGGUCCUUACUUUAGCAGACUUCUGUAAAUAAGGCGAGGUUUCUGGCCCUGAGCAGCAUGAUCGAUGCAGAUCAUCAGAUUUAAAGGUUAAAGCAGGCUAGUUAGACAAUAUCUAUACUUAAAGAGUUGCAAAGGAUUGGGACUGGAGUUGUUUUGUUCUUGAAGCAAAGUACUUAUAUAAGGUUGCUUUUGCUGUUUGACAGCUGUCUACAUUCUUAAAAUUCUGCUUUGUGAAUUGGUUGCUAAAUCCUUUACUACCCUGGCACCAUGGUAUCUACUGUAUUUCUUUUCAAGGUGCAAUUUGCUUUCAGAGUCCCAAUCAGCUAGAUUAAGCAAGAGACUCCAGGAGAAAUGUUUACUUGAAUUUUGUGCUUCCUUACUUGAUAGUUUCCUAUAUAAAAUUUGUCAUUGAAGAAGAGCAGAUGUUCAAGUGUUAAACAGGCACAAAUUACUGUGUCCCAUUAGCAAGAAUUCAGGAAUCGAUACAGGACAGUAUUAAAUCAAUAGUGUAAAUGAAGUAAAAACCUUGGUGAAAAUAUAUUAGCAUGAUUAAAUGGCAAAAAGACUUACAAAAGGCAAGGGCAUUAACUUUCCAUUCUGCACAAAAUAAAAAAUUCCUCACAACUCUCCAUUCUGACCAGUGGAGCUUGUCUUCUUAGCUGACCUGUUGUCCUUUGGUUGAAGGAGGAUGGCCGUAGACUGCUCUAGCUUGAGUAUUGCGACUUAGCAUCUUAGACCUAGAUAGGGAUGCUAAUGCCACAGUUGUAGGAGUGUGAAAAGAGCACCUUGUAUGUAGUAAUGUAUUUUGUAUCUUAGUUUUUUCUUUUACUGACUGUUUAUAACACUCAAUUGACAAUAGAUAUGAACUGUAUUUUAAAUCAUACUGUUAAAUAUUUUCCCUCUUUUGUUGGGAAGCUCAUUUUAGUUUAACCGCAUUUGUUUUGUUGAUAGCUUACCUGGAAGGCAGUGACCACUUUUUUAUAUUCUCUUAAUGAAACCAUUCAGCAGGUAUACGCUGUUGAGGCUGGUUAUAGAGGUUUUCUAUAAUAAAUGUUCAAGUAUUUUUGUAUAUAACUGGUUAAUUUUAAUAAGAGAUACCAUUAUGUGUAAAAAAAAAAAAGUAAAAAUUAAAGCAAACAGUUGUGGAUGCAGUAUGAUUGUUAUAAUUAUGCCAAAUACUUUAUGUAUGGAAAAAGAAUAUUUGUACAUAUGUGCUUUUAACAAUAAUUCUGCCAUAUUGACUUUACAAUUUUGAAUGUUGGAAAAAUUAAUAUAUGUUAAAUAUUUAUGUUUAGUGAAAGUGUUCAUAAUUGAGAAAAGGAACAUAUGCAUUUUAGCUUUGUAUCUUGCAAGUUUUGCAGUCAGAAAUUUUUUGAACUAGCUUUUGCUUUUGAUGAUAACACUUUGUGUUUGUAAUCACAUUCACAUAUAUAUACACACACAUAUAUAUAAAGUUCCAUUUUCUGUUGCUUUAAAGAAGUAAAACCUUCCAUUUAAAUAAGAUGACAUGCAUAAGAUAACAAAGCUUCUUUGAUUUCCUUUUCCUGUGUAAUUUAAUAGCUUCGUUGACUAGUGCUUGAGCACAGUAUAAAUCAGUGUUAUUUGCUCUUGAAGCCAUUUUUUAAAAAAAAUUUUGGCAGUGAGCAGUUGAAUUUAUCAUGUGUGUGUAUUUCUGAAGCAGCUACAUAGCAGAUCAUUUCAAGAGAUUCUGUUAGCUCAGAUGUUCAUGUUGGUUGCUGCUGAAUGGUAAAUAUUAAAUAAAAUUACCAGAUUAAUCUUAA